AUGGCUGCACAAUAUCCUAUCGGCGGAGGGUUCCGUCCAAACGAUUGGGAAGACCACAAUCCGCUAUCCAGCAGCUCUCUCGACACACCAAUAUCUUCCAAUUUCUACUGGCCCAGUCCUUCCUCGCCUCAAUCCUCAGAUUUCUUCCCCUUCCCCUUCCCCAUCUGGGACAGGCACAAGCCAAGCAGCGACCCUCCUCCCCUCCGCACGAUCGAAGAACUCCACCUCGAAAGAACAUACCUGAUUGAUUCCCUGCACGUCCAAGCUCAAACCGCAACCCAAUUGAUGCACAAGAUCCCCAUUUUGGAAUCUAAGCUGCUACAACACCACUUGCGGCCUGCUCAUCGCAAAAUUCGGAAACAGCUUGGUUGGGUGAAGAGUCGAUUGGGACAGUGCAGGCAGCAGGAACAGACGAUUUGUGCUCGGUUGGAGCAGCUUGCUGGUGAGAUUCAGAGGAGAGAGCAGUGGGCGCAGAAGGAGCAGGAGGAGGGCCGGAACGGGUUGGAUGUGUAUAGGCGAGAGCAGGAUUGGGGGUAUCAGCAGGGGGUUUCUGAUGGGUUGGAGAUGGGGAGGUGGAGGGAGAGGGGGAGGAUGAUGAGUUUGGAUCCGGAACAGCCUGAGUUUAGGCCGCAGGGGUUGUUUCCGUGUAUGUUUUGGCCGCCGCCGUCGGGACAGCAGGAGCAGGAGGAGCAGGGCGUUGAAGGGUGUACGAGGGAGGAUAUGUCUGAAUAUAUUUCUGAGCCUCCUAGAGGAGAAAGUGAAGAGAGGGCAGAGAAGGAGUCGACGAUAUGUGAAAAAUAUAACUCACAUGCUCUCAGUCUUUCAAGGAGGUCUGCGUCUGUGGAUGGUGUUGACUUUCGGCUAUUGGCGACACAUGAUUUGCUUGUACCCGAUUCCACGCUCAAACGACACAGUUUUCCUGGAUGUUUAGGUAUUUGA